UACAAAAGCUGGCAGAACACGGAGCUUCAGAUUCAUCCCUGCCUGCUUUCUCGGUUUUUCUCUGCUUUUCCUGCAUCUCUCCUGUCACAGCGACACAGUCGGGAUCUUGGAAAGGGGAACCGACAUCCCUGGCCACUAGAAGGUUGUUGAGAGAUCAUCGGUUGUCAAGGAGAUUUCACAGUGCAGGCGAUUGUUCGCAGGCCCUUUUUCUUCACUUAUUACCAGCCCCCUCUGGCAGAAUGGAGGACCGAGGCCUAGUCAGAACACAGACUUGUCUCUGAAUUUCAGCGCAAAUGGCUGCCAACAGUACAGAGCGGGGUGCAGCCUGCCUCACAAGGCUUUCUCCAGUGGUCUGGCGCUUUCCUCAUUCAACAUUGAAAGGAUGGGCUGGAGGGAAUCAAAGCUGUCAACAGGACGUCAAAGGCCAGUACUGGACCGAUGAUGAUUCUGAUGGAGACAAUGACUCUGAUGAAUUUCUCUAUGGUGUGCAGAUACAUGAGAUGGCCCAGUCAGAAAUAUCAACCCAACAGGGGAGCUGUGCAGCUGAUCUAUACCGACACCCACAGCUCGAUGCAGACAUUGAAGCGGUGAAAGAAAUUUAUGGAGAAAAUUCUGUCUCUGUCAGGGAAUAUGGGACGAUUGAUGAUGUGGAUGUGGACCUGCACAUUAAUAUGAGCUUUCUUGAUGAGGAGAUAGCAACAGCCUGGAAGGUGGCAAGGAUUGAGCCAAUGAUACUCAGGCUGAGAUUUUCUCUGUCUCAGUACCUGGAUGGACCUGAGCCAUCGGUAGAUGUUUUCCAGCCAUCCAAUAAAGAAGGGUUUGGCCUUGGACUUCAACUGAAGAAAAUCUUAGGAAUGUUCACAUCUCAACAGUGGAAGCACCUAAGCAACGAUUUCCUGAAACGCCAACAAGAGAAGAGGCAGAGCUGGUUCAAGUCGAGCAGUCGAGUGAAGAAAUUCCGAUCUGGGCUCAGCAUCUUCUCGUCAAUCCCAAAAUCUCCAAGUUUUCCCCUCAUUCAGGACUCCAUGCUGAAGAGCAAACUCGGGGUGCCAGAUCUCCGAGUCAAUCGCAUCAUUAAUCGUUCCAUCUCUUGCACCAUGAAAUCGCCCAAAGUGGAACUCCUUGGAAUCCCCUCGGCUAAUCAGGCUGGGAGCCACUGCAAGAACAUUCCAACAUUAGAGUAUGGCUUUCUUGUACAGACCAUGAAGUAUGCAGAGCAGAGGAUUCCCACUCUGAAUGAAUACUGUGUUGUGUGUGACGAGCAGCAUGUCUUCCAGAACGGGUCAAUGUUGAAGCCUGCAGUUUGUACUCGGGAACUAUGUGUUUUCUCAUUCUACACAUUGGGAGUGAUGUCUGGAGCAGCGGAAGAAGUUGCCACUGGAGCAGAGGUGGUGGACCUAUUGGUCGCAAUGUGUCGAGCUGCUCUGGAGUCUCCAAGGAAGAGCAUUAUUUUUGAGCCUUACCCUUCUGUUGUGGACCCGAGUGAUCCCAAAACCCUUGCGUUCAACCCCAAGAAGAAGAACUAUGAGAGGCUACAGAAAGCAUUGGAUAGUGUAAUGUCCAUCAGAGAAAUGACGCAGGGGUCGUACCUGGAGAUCAAGAAACAAAUGGACAAGUUGGAUCCACUGGCUCACCCAUUGCUACAAUGGAUUAUCUCCAGCAACAGGUCUCACAUCGUGAAACUACCACUCAGCAGACAGUUGAAAUUCAUGCACACCUCGCACCAGUUCCUCCUGUUGAGCAGCCCCCCAGCCAAGGAAGCACGUUUUCGUACUGCCAAAAAGCUCUACGGCAGCACCUUCGCUUUCCAUGGAUCGCACAUUGAGAACUGGCAUUCUAUUCUGAGAAAUGGCCUCGUCAAUGCUUCUUAUACAAAAUUACAACUGCACGGUGCAGCCUAUGGCAAAGGAAUCUAUCUGAGCCCAAUCUCCAGCAUUUCUUUUGGAUACUCAGGAAUGGGCAAAGGACAGCAUCGCAUGCCAUCAAAGGAUGAACUGGUACUCCGUUAUAACCGGAUGAACACAAUUCCCCAGACGAGACCGAUUCAGUCCAGAUUUCUACAGAGUCGAAACCUAAACUGUAUAGCACUUUGUGAAGUUAUAACUUCAAAAGAUCUCCAGAAACAUGGGAACAUCUGGGUCUGCCCUGUGUCUGAUCAUGUCUGCACUCGCUUCUUUUUCGUGUAUGAAGAUGGGCAAGUUGGUGAUGCCAAUAUCAACACUCAGGAUCCCAAAAUCCAGAAGGAAAUCAUGCGUGUGAUUGGAACUCAGAUUUACACAAGCUGAGUCCUGGAGGGAUGAUUAAGAAAAAUUCCAAAGGAUUCCCCCACAGACUUGAGACCUAUCACAAUCAUUCCCAAUCUUCCUAUCCUGGCUUUUGCAAGGAGUCUUUAUAAAUAUUUUCAGCAGAAAAAGCUUUUUUUAAAGCCAGGAUAAGAAAGACGUCCGUUUGUUCUCCAUGAUGCAUCAGUGCUGUAAUGGUGUUUUAUAUAUCUUUAAAUAUACAUAUAAUCGUGCUUUUUUUGUAUGACUGUAUUGUGUAUG